GAGAGCCUCUGAGCGCGCCGCGCACGGGCUGUGCACACUCCGGAGGAUCUGGGCACCGGGAGAGCGGAGGAGAUGAACUUUGGAAAUUUACUUCUCUCGGUUCUCCCAUUCAUCGCCGCCGCUUCAGGGUCCCGGGCACGCUUUGAGGACAGCUCGCCCCGGAUCGUGGAGGACCCCUCGGACCUGAUCGUCUCCAAGGGGGAGCCCGCCACCCUCAACUGCAAGGCGGAGGGCCGGCCCGCCCCCGGCAUCGAGUGGUACAAGGAUGGCGAGCGGGUGGAGACGGACAAGGACGACCCGCGCUCCCACCGCAUGCUGCUGCCCAGCGGCUCGCUCUUCUUCCUGCGCAUCGUGCACGGCCGGCGCAGCAAGCCGGACGAGGGCGUCUACACCUGCGUGGCCCGCAACUACCUGGGAGAGGCCAUCAGCCGCAACGCCUCCCUGGAAGUGGCCAUCCUGAGAGAUGACUUCCGGCAGGCGCCGAGCGACGUGGUGGUGGCCGCCGGCGAGCCCGCCGUGCUGGAGUGCGUGCCGCCGCGCGGACACCCGGAGCCCGCCGUGUCCUGGAAGCGCAACAACGUGCGCGUCAGCACCAAGGACGAGCGCAUCUCCAUGCGUGGGGGCAAACUGAUGAUCUCUCACACCAGGAAGAGCGACGCUGGCAUGUAUGUUUGUGUGGGCACUAAUAUGGUCGGCGAGCGGGACAGCGAUCCCGCGGAGCUGGUGGUGUACGAGCGGCCCGUGUUGGUGCGGCGGCCGGUCAACCAGGUGGUCAUGGAGGAAGAGACGGUGGACUUCCUGUGCGAAGUCCACGGGGAUCCCGCUCCGACCGUGCGCUGGCGGCGAGAGGAGGGCGAGCUGCCCCGCGGGAGGUUCGAAAUCCGCAACGGCAACAGCCUGCGUUUGUUCCGCGUGAAAGAGCAGGAUGAAGGGACGUAUACCUGCACGUCUGAGAACAGCGUGGGCAAGACGGAGGCCUCGGCCAUGCUGCAGGUCCACGUGCCGCCUCAGAUUGCUGCCAAGCCACGAGACCAGAUUGCCACCCAGGGAAGGAGCAUCACCUUCCAGUGCGGCACCACAGGAAACCCUCCACCUGCCAUUUUCUGGCAGAAAGAGGGCAGCCAGAUGCUGUUGUUCCCGGGCCAGCCGCCGUCACAGUCGGGCCGUUACUCCGUCUCCAUGAGCGGAGAGCUGACCAUCACCGACGUCCACCCCGAGGACUCGGGCUUCUAUAUCUGCCAGGCCAUCUCCGUGGCCGGGAGCGUGCUGACGAAGGCGCUGCUGGAGGUGGAGGGAGGUCCCUCCGGUCGUAUCCCCCCGAUCAUCCGCCAGGGACCGGCCAACCAGACGGCGUCUCGAGGCGCCACGGCGCAGCUGCACUGCCGCGUGGUCGGCGGAACCUCGGUGAAGAUUUCGUGGGACAAGGAUGGAGAGAGACUCGAGGGGAAACAACCUCGAGUGACCUUGAUGGAGAACGGCACGCUGCAAAUCGCAGACGUGAAGGACUCUGACUCGGGGAUGUACACGUGCGAGGUCUCCAGCAUCACGGGGGAGUCGAGCUGGAGCGGGAUGCUGACUGUCAGAGAGGACGGAGCCUCGUCGCCGUCCAGGGUCUCCGAGUUCAUCCAGCUGCCGGGGCCGCCGCAGAAGCCCGUGGUGACGGAGGUCACCAAGAACACCGUCACCCUCACCUGGCAGUCCAAUCCGCACGAGGGCGGAGCCGCCGUCACCUCCUACAUCAUCGAGGCCUUCAGCCAGUCGGUGGGCAGCACCUGGCAGACCGUGGCGGACCAUGUGAGGCAGGAGAGGCACACGGUGCUUGGACUCUUCCCAAACACCGUUUAUCUCUUCAUUGUCCGAGCGGUGAACUCCUACGGCCUCAGCGACCCCAGUCCCAUCUCCGAGCCUGUCCGGACGCAGGAUGGGAGUCCCACCGAGCAGGGCGUGGACCACCGCCAGGUGCAGCGGGAGCUGGGGGAGGUGUCCAUUUACCUGCAGAAGCCGCUGGUCCUGUCUCCCACCGGCGCCAAGAUCUCCUGGACCGUCGCCCGCCAGUCGCGGUACGUUCAGGGCUACCGGGUGUUUUACCGGACCAUCGGCAGCUCCUGGCUGGUCCAGGACGUGGAGGCCACGUCGGACCACAGCACCAUCCUGGUGGACCUGCACAGCAACACGGAGUACGAGGUCAAGAUCCGGCCGUAUUUCAACGAGCUGCAGGGACACGACAGCCUCAUGGUGCUGCUGCGGACUCCAGAAGAAGUCUUGAGUGCGGCCCCUCAGGCCGUGUCGGUGGUGCAGCUCACCAACAGCUCCAGCAUCAGCGUGUCCUGGGAGCCGCCGCCGCACAACACCCAGACCGGGAUCAUCCGGGAGUACAGGGUCUGGUGUCUGGGCGGCGACGCGGAUCUCGAGAGCCAGAUCAACCGGACGGUGGACGGCGCGGUGCUGUCCAUCCUGCUGACCGGCCUGCUGCCCGGCGUGCCGUACAGCGUGGCGGUGGCUGCCGUCACCAGCCUGGGCGUGGGCGCCCAGAGUCCGCCCGUCAGCCUCCUCCUCGCUCCUCCUCUGGAGAAGACUGUAACGCCCAUGAAGAAAGAAGACCUGAGCAUCGCCGAGCAGAUCGCCGGCGUCAUCCGGCAGCCGGCCUUCAUCGCCGGCCUGGGCGUGGCGGCCUGGCUGGUGCUGAUGGGCUUCAGCGGCUGGCUGUACUGCCGCCACCGCAGGAGGAAGCAGCUGGGACACUACACCACGUCCUUCGCGUACACGCCGGCAGUCGGCUUUGCUCACAGUGAAGGAUCGGGAAUCAUCAACGGAGGGCCUGGGCUGCUGGGAUCGAACAUGGGUACCUACCCCUGGCUGGCGGACUCGUGGCCCACGCCGAACCUCGGCCACGGCGGCAAAGACUCGGUCAACUGCUGCUCCGGAAAGCUGGACUCGGAGCGAUAUUACAACACUGUCGGCAUCGCCAGCUUCCCCAACCCGCCGGAGAAGCGCAGCACGGCGUCCACCGACAGCCCCAUCUACAGCACCAUCAACACCACGGCCGACGACGACCUGCUGGCCUACUACGACACCUACUCCAGCGCGUCCUUCAACCAGGGGCCCGACCCGUACAGCAGCAACCCCGUGCUGGCCAACGGCGGGCUGGUGGGUCUGGAGCCGGACCUGGACCAGUGGACCAUCAAGUCCGGCCAGUCCGGAUCGGAAUACGCUAAACUGCAGUACAGCAAGAAGAGCGGCGACAAACUGGUAAAGCAGAGAUCCACCGGCUCCUCCUCCAAAUCUGCUCCCCUCACCUGGGUGGAUGUCCUGUCGCUGCCUCUUCCCGCCAACAAAGACAGAGGUCACGCCCAAACAGGCCAAGAGGAGGCGCAGCACAGCUCUGGGGAGGAAGAUGACGAUGAUGACUGGUGUCCUCCGCUGCCGGCCAGAACCUACCUGAUGGACGUGUCCAGAGAGGAGCUGUCCAGCGUGCCCCCCAGGCCGGAGGAGCUUUCCUACUCGGCCACGCUGACCGUGUCCCCCCAGCGAGACGCAGCCAGGUCCAGCGACAGUCCACGACUGCAGCACUUCGACCUGCUGAGCCGCCAGCACCAGGUCUCCCAGUCCAAUCCCGACCUGUUUAUUAACGCCAAGGCUCGAGACGGCGGCGAGGCGUACCACACCAGCCAGUGGGCCGACGACCUCGGGAAAGGACAAGCUCCCGCCGCAGCGCCGAGCCCCGCCGCCGCCGCCGCGCACAGAUCCAGGAGUAAGAAGAAAACGCCCAGGGACGGCCAGAGCCGGAGAGAGCUGCUUGAUGACACAGACGACUCCCUGCAGCUCCUGGCCGACGUUUUGAGCCGAAGCCGCGGAGACGGCGAGAGGAAGGAGAGCAGCAUGUCGCCCCCUGUCCAGAGGAGGGGGGAGCAUUUCUCACCCCAGAGGAGAGGCUCCACAAAGUGGUCGUCACAAGAUGAGAAUGUAAUCCCGUACGGACAGUCCGGCUUCCUGCCCAAGGUCCAGAUGUCGGGCUACGGCUCCCUGGGCGGGGGGGUCUUUCCACGGCCCUCCACGGCCGGUCGGCGGAGAGACGAGAACCUGAUGUAGACAGACGGCGGCGGCGGCGGCGGCGGCGGCGGCGUGACGUGACGUUCUCCUUUUUCCUCCCUGGACUCCUAUCUGUGCGAACCAUCAAUCUGUUGCCAUGGUAUCUUAUGAAAAACUGAAGACAAAAGGGAAAGAAAGCUUAGAGGCUUGCCAUCUGCCUUCUCGCAAACUAUUUGUAAUCUUUUUAUUUUAUUUGAUUUGAUUUGAUUUGAUUUGAACGAUUCAGUCUAUUUUCUGUGAUUUCCUCCACCUCUCCUCUGUGUAUAUAGACAUCUUUACAGUUUUUUAAAAGAUGUGAUCAGAUAUAUUACUAAAAAUUAAACCGUUGGGGGGGAAAUAUUGUAUUUUUAGGAAAUGGGAAGCAGAUGUAAGUAUUCCAUAGAUGUACAGCAGAUUACUGAAUGUAUCUUCUGUUUGCUCCUGACCAUGAAACCAUGAUGUCUGAGGAAAGACGGCAAAAGACAUGAGUCGGAAAAUGUGUUAAUAAACCAUCAUGUUGGUGUGUGUGUGUAUGUCUGUGUGUGUUGCUGUUUUUAUCUUUCAUCUCUGUGUGGCUGUGUACUGUGGUACUCCAGUAGAUCACCAGUGUGUUCAUUUUUAAACUUAUCAAUAAAGCAUUUGUUAC